AUGUCUGCUCCCGGAGUCGGCCACCAAUUUCCCGCCCAGGAGGUCUCCUGGUUUAAGCGUGAUGCGCUACUCUUCGCCAAUAGCAUCGGCGUAACCUCCGACGAGCUACACUUUCUCUACGAACUUCAUCCCAACUUUGCCGUCUUCCCAACGUACCCGGUCAUUUUGCCAUUUAAACUCGCCGAUCAAGAAGUCACCGACUUUUACGCCCGUCAAAAGAAUGACCCCAUCCCUGGCGUGCCCAAAUUCGACUUCCGUCGUGUCGUCGAUGGCCAGCGCAAACUCACCGUUUUCAAGCCCCUUCCGCCCACCAGUGCGGGGAAGCAAUUCGAACUACGAAACAAGGUCGUCGGGGUCUACGACAAGGGGAAGGCCGGGUCGGUGAUGGACACGGAGCAGUCCAUCGUAGAUAGACAGAGCGGAGAGGUGUAUUCGAAGGUGCAGAGCAGUGCGUUCUUCGUUGGACAGGGGAACUGGGGUGGUCCGAAGGGACCGAGCACUCCCAGCUUCCCGCCACCGGAAGGCCGCCAACCAGAUGCAACUCAUACCAUCCAAACCACCACAGAGACGGCGCAGCUUUACCGGCUGAACGGAGACUACAACCCCCUCCACGCGACGCCUGAACCUGGCCAGAAGAUGGGCUUCGGCGGUGUCAUCAUCCACGGGCUCUUCAGCUGGAACGCCACGGCCCAUGUUUUGCUCCAGCGCUUCGGGCGUAGUGACCCUUGGAACUUCAAGGAAUUCCAGGCGCGGUUUGCCGCACCGGUGAAGCCGGGCGACCGCCUGGUGAUCGAGAUGUGGCGUACGGGGAAUGUCACCGACGGCUUUGAGGAAAUCCGCUUCGUGACGAAGAAUGGUCAAGGGAAGGUCGUGUUGAGUAACGGUCGGGCAUUGAUCAGAGACAAGUCGGAGGCGAAGCUCUAG